AUAAAAAAAAUUCUCUCUUUCACUCACUCUCGAAAAGUCGAAUCUCAGUCUCGCUUUCUUUUCUUUCUUCUUCUUCACUCUUCUCGCCAUUCUCUGACUGCCCACUCUCCCUUUUCCCCAUGAAACCUUCUCACAAGCCCGUCUUCUUCUCCUCUUAUUCCUCCUUCACCACCGCCACCUACACCACCCACAACAAUGACCUCUCUACACCUCGUAAUUCCCACAAUUCCAACCAAGUCCCCGUUGUCCGUCCCCGCCUCUCCCCAUCCAACGCCGCCCUCAAGAUCCAAUCCGCCUAUCGCUCCCACAGAAUCCGCGUCCUCUAUCGAAGAAUUGCCGCCGUCGAUUCUGAGGCUGACCGCCUACAGCGCUUGAUCCAGCGGCAGGACACGGUGGACGCCGUUCGGAGCAACGAGCUGGAGAAGUUGAAGAUGAACGAGGCGUUGAUGGCUCUGUUGCUGAGACUGGACUCCGUUCCUGGGAUCAAUCCGACGGUGAGGGAGGCUCGAAGAAAAGUGAGCCGUCGGAUUGUGGGGUUGCAGGAGAUACUGGACUCUGUUUGUGAAUCCAAGGUCGAUGCCUACAAUUGGUGGGGCCGCAAUGGCUUGAUGAGUAAUUGGGCUGAUUUUGUUGCGGAUAUGGAAGAAAGUGUUUGUAGGGAGAGAGGUGGCGAAGAGAUGGAGAGGUUUUCUGCUCAGAAUUUGGGUUUCCGAUGCCUUGAAAGGUUUCUCCGUCAACCCUAAAUUUCCCAUCUGCUUUGUAUAUCUACUUCAGUAUCCCUCUACCUUAACGCUGUGUGAUUAUGACCUUUACUUGAAAACAUGGGAACUAGUGACUAUAACAAAGAAAGUACGUAGCAAAUUCUUAUCAUGACAAAUCCGAAAGAAAUUCAGAACCAGUUCAAGACCCUUCAACUAUCAGACUCGGCAAGCUUAAAGCCAAAAUUGGUGAAGAUGGGAUGGACAAUUUUAACUAGGAAGCGCGGUUGUUGACACCGACAUGGAUAUGCAAAACAUCACGAUAUAGUUCGUGGCUAGUACUACUAAAAACAUGUAUACACAGUUAGAACCAAAUUAGCAAGCAACUGAAUUUUACAUUAGUAAUACAAAGCUAGAAAUUCCGAACAAGAGCAAGAUUCUUCAACUAUCAAACGCAGCAAAAUUAGAGCCAAAUCUUUAGUUUGUAAUAUAGAUACUAGAUUUCACACGAUUGUUGUGAAAAUUUGAAGGACCGCCUCUCGCUGAAGUAUAUAUAUCUUGA